AUGCUUCGUCGUCAGGCCCGCGAGAGGCGGGACUACAUCUACCGGCGUGCUCUUCAACUUCGAGAUGCCAGUAUUGCCGAGAAGCGUGCCCUGCUCAAAAAGUCCCUCGCCUCAGGCAAACCUCUAGACCCCUCGGUCGCCAACGACAAGUCUCUACGCAAGGACUUCAAGUACGACGAGUCUCUUGACCCAGAAGCCGCUGCUGCUCAGGAAACCAUAGAUGAUGAAUACUCCAUGCUCUCAGGGCUCUCCGACCCGCGUCCACUCGUCACCACCUCUCGAAGCCCCUCCACCCGCCUCGCCGCUUUUUCCAAAGAAAUUCGCCUGCUUCUCCCCACUUCCAUCCGCAUGAAUCGUGGCAACCUCAUCCUCCCAAAUUUGGUCGCCAGUGCCAAAGCUGCCGCCCUCACCGACAUCAUUCUGCUGCACGAACACCGAGGCACUCCGACUGCCAUGACCAUUUCUCAUCUUCCCCACGGUCCGACUGCCUCUUUCUCUCUACACAACGUUGUUUUGAGGGCCGAUAUUCCAGACUCGGCCAGGGGCACCGUUUCCGAGUCCUACCCCCAUCUGAUCUUCGAGGGUUUCACAACUCGACUGGGAAAGAGGGUCGUUCAAAUACUGAAGCACGUCUUCCCUCCCCGCGAUGGUCCACAUCGAGUUGGAACUCGUGUGGUCACAUUCAGAAACGUCGAGGACAGCAUACAAGUCAGACAUCAUGUAUUUGUGCAAACUAGCUAUCGGGACGUCGAACUCGCAGAGGUCGGGCCCCGGAUGACUAUGCGAUGUUUCGAGAUCAAAGGCGGCACACUCGAGGCUGGCUCUGGGGGCGACGUGGAAUGGGCUUUGACUCAAUACACAAGAACAUCCAGAAAGAAGGACUAUCUAUGA